GUUCAAUAGAUGUAGUAAGGAAACCAAAAAUCAUGUUGUCAAAAAUUGAGAGAAUUGUUUGGACGACCUCAAAACCCUGAGCCCAUAGUACAACAAAAACAAUCAUAAUAAUAAACAUAUAAACCAAAAAUAGAAAAUGAAUGGCCUAAGAUAGAGGAACAAUUUAUUAAUAAAAUUUUAUCUGAUGAAAGAAGAAAAAUCUUUACAGAACUCUUUAAGAAAAACAAUAUAGUUACAAUUGACCAAAUGAUGCUUGUUUUUUAAAAUUCAUAAAAAAGCUUCUUAGGUAGGAGAUGUUAGCCUGCCGAAUUUCUAAUUCUGCAAAAGAUCUAUGAAAAUUAUACUACAGUAUCUAAAGUGCUAAAUUGGAAUUACAAAAGUGCAGAAUUACUUUCUAAUGAAGAUGGUCUAAUUCUACAAUAAAAUCCUGGAAAGAGAAUUAAAAAUAUUUUAUUGGUUGGAAUAACAGGAUAAGGAAAAACUACUUUAAUUAAUAGUUUUUACAAUUUUAUUAAGAAUAUAAAAUUUGAAGAUGAAACUAGAUAUUUGGUAAUUAAUGAUGAUCGUCUAAACUAAACAGGAAAAUCAGUGACUCGAAAUGUCGACUAAUAUAAAAUCUAGAUUGAUGACGAUUUAGUAUUUAAUUUUAUAGAUACACCAGGAUUAGGCGACACUGAGGGUUUUUAAAGAGACUAAGCAAUAAUUGAUUAAAUAUCUGAGCAACUAAAGAAAAUGCAUGAUAACAUGGAAAGAAUUCAUUAGGUUAUCAUUGUUUCCCAACUCUCGACAAAUUAUAUUGUGGAUGGCAGCCAUACACUUCAAUAAUUGGCUCUACUAAACGUUUUAAAGCUUUUUGGAUUGGAUAUGGCUCAGCAUUUUAUUCAUGCUUUGACUUUUUCGGACUUUACAAGUAUACAUAGAAAUAACUUUGAAAACCAAUAAUCCAUCUUUUUUGUUCUCAGUUAGAGGGACAAUUUGAUGUAAACAUAUAAUAUAAGCAAGAAUACAGUUACUUUAUCAAGUCCCACUAAUAAUGGAGGAACUUUAUUAUUAAGUGAUGUUUAAAUUAAUGAAUUGUCUAAAGAAUAUUGCUAAUUCUAAAACUCAGUCUUCUUCUCAAAAAAAUGUGAUAUGAUUUCCAAUAUUCAAUAUAAAAGAAAUCAAGAAAAUUAUAUUAAAUUUAUCGAUAAGAUAACCUCUGAUGAAGGAUUUGCAUUAGAUUAAACGAUUCAAGUUAUUAAAGAAAGAAAUAGAUUAAGAGAAAAAAUUGAAUAAUUGGGAGAAGAACUUUAAUUAAGAAUGAAAAUAGACAAAAUUAUACAAACAAAUAUAAAUAAAAUAUAAAAUUAUGACUAAAUAGUUAAAGAGAAUAAAUAAUUUUAUUAUGUUAUAUUUGAAACAAAUAUAUUGGAAAAAGGGUGUCCCAAUCAAAUUUUUAUGACUAAUUGUAAUACUUGCAAGAAAACUUGUCACAAAAAUUGCUCAGUGUCUAACGCUAAUUUGAGGAAUUGUAAUGUAAUGAUUCAAAAGAAUUCUAAAAUUUAUAUUUGUGAAUCUUGUUCACAUUCAGUUGAGGAACAUUUGUAAAAUUAUUUAGUUAUCUAGGAAUCAAAAUUUUUAAUAUAUUUAUGAGGUUGUUGAGGUUUAGAAAGAAUAUAGUGAAAUGAGAGCUGAGUAUGAUAGGGCACUAACAUAAGCAUAAAUACUUAAUGAUCUGUUGUAAAAAGAGCAAUAGAAAGAAUAAGAAAAUGAUAUGAGGAUUUAACUCAUUUUAGAUGAUUUAAGAUAGUGUUUCAAUAUUCUCUUCUCUUCAGCCUUAUACAAACUGGAUUUAAAAGAAAAAUCACUAAAGGAUUUUCUUUAUCGAUAUUAUAAAAGCUAUGAAAAGCAACUAGAAAAAUACUUUAAUUAAACUGUGGAUAUCCUUGCUACUAGAGUACUUCUUUAGAAUUUGCCAUUAAAUCAAUAAACUACUAAUUUUAGAUUAAAAACACAAUAAUUCUAAUUAAUUCAAUGA